UUUGACUUGUAUUAUUUUAUCACCAAAAUACCAAUUCAUUUCAACGCUUCUUAUGUCAAUUUGACACGUCCAAAUAGCGCUCAAAGAAAGGCAAUGAAGGAAAAAAAAAACGACUUCUGCAACCAGCUGAAAUCGAUGGUUUUAUCAGUAUAAUUGACGCCGCCUUCGGAUUUAUAUUUCUUCUUGAACUGGAAAAGAAAAAGAAAAAAAAAGAAAAGAAAAGCAAUUUCGAGAUGGCCGCGCAGACCAUUUGGUAAAGAAGCUAAAAGAGUACGGGCCCACUGCGGCGCAAACACGCAUAGAAAGCGUCGGUUGUGUGGGUGUGGUCACUCAUCGUUGAGAUCUUGACUGUGACUACUGCUCGAAUACAUUGCAGGUGAUUAUGUCUCCUCGCUCUCAUGCUGACUCUCCCUUUGCAACCAUGUCUCAAGCCAAAGAAGAAGACAGACCUGUAUGUCAUUGGAACGAUUGCUCGUUAAAGUUUGACGAUCACACCGCUCUGGCGACUCAUUUAUCAGAAGACCAUGUCGGUUGGAAAAAGCCAGAGUAUGUUUGCGAAUGGACCAACUGCAGUCGGAAAGGCAUGAAGUGCCACAGUCGAUUUGCCCUCAUGAUGCAUCUGCGGAUACACACAGGAGAAAAACCAUUCGAGUGCACAUAUCCAGGUUGCGGCCAAAGCUUUAGUCGCCAAGAUGCGUUGAUGAAACAUCACCGUAGCGAGCAUAAUCAAAACGAACCAUUGUCAUCACAACAGAAUAGGAAAAGAAAGAGAAAACAGAGACGCGAAGCAUUUGAAGAAGAUCCACAGAUGCUGUUGCCCCUAUCAAGUGAUGAUGAAUCGUCCGCCGCCACCGAAGAGCAGAAAUACAAAUUGGCGAAAGCCAAACUGCGGUACAUCCUCAGAGAGCAUGAAAUGCUAAGCGACGAGCUCACUUCGGCACAAAGAAAAUUGAAACGGUUGCAGACCGAACGAAAGAUUCUGUUGGAGGCAUUGGUAUCGGCCGAACACUCCACAGAGGAUCACGAUGAUAUGGAUGAGGAGCCAUGAUUUGAUGUUUAAAUGAGAAAAAAGAAGAAUCUGUCUAUUUUUUUUUCUUUUUGUAGAGGAAAAAAAUAAUAAUACAAGUAUACCAUUCCAU